UUGAAGCCCUCUCAGGGCUUAGAGAGGAGUAGUUGGGGGACCAGGACGCCAGCAGGGCUCUGUGACCUGCUUCUUAAACACGUGUCCAGGUAUCUAUGAUUUUAAACUUCAGUUUGAUAACAUGUCAAGAAAUAAUUCAGAAAUAUCUGCUUGCAAAGUGACAGAGCAAUUAAAUAUAGAGAGGAAUGAAAUCAAGCCUCCACAUGAACCUUUAAGAAGCCCUCGAUCAUAUCCCAACUUUAAGUUGAAAAGCCCAGAGCAUGGAAGUAAAACAGUGGGAAUUGCCAAAAAAAAUUUUUUGUUUUGUGAACAAACUAAACGAUAUUUUGCUAGUUGUGAAAACAGUUCAGCGCCUUCUAACUCUAACUGUAUUAACAAAGAAGCAGUUGGAUCAAAAAUCGACAAGAAAACAUCAACAGGAAACUCAGUAGCAACAUUAAAUGUUGGAAAUAAUUUGCCAAUGAAAGAAUUGAACACUAAGCUUAGUACUCAUUUGUCUCCUGCAAAACCAAAAAUGCUACAGAAUUUGAGUGACAAUCCUUUGUCUCUAAACUAUGAUUCUAAACUUUUUAACUCAUUAAUACCAUCACCUCGGUCAACUACUUGCCAUCUCUGUGGGCUGUAUGGAUCUCUGAGGUGUUCACAGUGCAAGCAAACAUACUAUUGCUGUGUAGCAUGCCAAAGAAGAGACUGGUCUGCACAUAGCAUUGUGUGCAAACCUAUUAAACAAAAUUUCCCUAAAUCUGAAGAUACUAAAUUAUCUUGUGAAACAAAGAAAAUGGAAGUAAAUAAAGAGGAUGAUUAUCAACUUGGAACCACCACAGAAAUAGUCGGAUGUACUAAGAAAAUAAUGUUUUCCGAUUUACAAAAUCUGCAGCUAAGAAAAACUAUGGAAGUAAAGGGUACAGUUACUGAAUUCAAGCACCCAGGUGAAUUUUAUGUACAGAUCUGUUCUUCAGAAGUUUCAGAAUGUAUCAGAAAACUUUCUACAAGGUUGAAAGAAUCAUAUGUGAAUAUGAUUUCUCCGGAAGAAUACAUGCCUAUUAAAGGGGAAAUCUGUGUUGCCAAGUACUCUGUGGAUCAGACCUGGAACAGAGUAAUAGUACAAGAUGUUGAUGUACAUCAGAAGAAGGCACAAGUGUUAUAUAUUGAUUAUGGAAAUGGAGAAGUUAUUCCAAUAAGCCGAAUUCAGCAACUGGACAAAAAUAUUGAACUGUUUCCUCCCUGUGCCAUAAAGUGCUUUGUUGCUGGUGUAAUCCCAGCAGAAGGAAGUUGGAAUAAUGACUGUACCAAUGAUAUUAAACCCUUAAUAGUAGAACAGUAUUGUUCUUUUAAAAUUCUUGAUAUAUUACAAGAGGAAAUGAUUUCUUUUGCUGUUGACGUUUUGCUUCCAGGCUCUGGAAAACACUUAGACCAUGUACUUUUGGAAAUGGGGUAUGGUUUGAGAUCGAAAGGACAAAAUUCCAAGAUGCAAAGUUCAGAUAAAAGUGAUUUUGAAGAUCCUGGAGAAAAAAUAAGCAAAGAUAAAACACUGGCUGAACGUAAAAGCAAUCUGAUUCCAAAAGUUAUAUCCCUAAAUGUUGGAGAUGAAUUUUGUGGUGUCGUUGCGCAUAUUCAAACUCCAGAAGACUUCUUUUGUCAACAGCUACAAAGUGGCCGCCAGCUUGCUGAACUUCAGUUAUCUCUCAGUGAGUACUGUAAAAUGUCUACCCAAUCUGACUUUUAUCCAGCCAUUGGAGAUAUCUGUUGUGCACAGUUCUCAGAGGAUAAUCAGUGGUACCGUGCGUCAGUUCUGGCAUAUGCUUCUGAAGAGUCUGCUUUAGUUGGCUAUGUCGAUUAUGGAAAUUUUGAAAUCCUUAAAUUGAAUAGACUUUGUCCCAUGGCACUAAGAUUAUUGGAAUUGCCAAUGCAGGCCAUAAAGUGUAUCUUGGCAGGAGUGAAGCCAUCAUCAGGAAUCUGGUCUCCGGAGGCAAUUUGUCUCAUGAAAAAAUUAAUACGAAAUAAGAUGAUUACAGUGAAAGUUGUAGACAAGAAGGAAAAUAGUUCUGUAGUGGAGCUUAUAGAUAAGUCAGUUAAACCCAGCAUCAGUGUUUCUGAAAUCCUCAUCGAAGCUGGCUUUGCUGUAGGAGAAAGCAAGAUAUUGACAACAGAUACAUCCAGUGACUUGCAAGAAAUUAGUGCUAUUUUAACUGCUGAAGAAACAGUGAACAAAUUUGAGUGGACUUGGGUUGAACUAGCUGUUAACGAAACUGUCAAUGUUAUGGUUUGUAUGUUAUAUAAUCCUGGAGAAUUCUAUUGUCAUAUACUUGAAGAGGAUGCUUUAAAUGGGUUAAGUGAAGUGAAUAGGUCUCUAGCAGAAUACUGCCAACAAAAAAUGCCCAAUGAUUUUAUACCUGAAAUUGGAGAGCCUUGUUGCGCUUAUUUUACAGGUGAUGGUAAUUGGUAUCGUGCUUUAGUAAAGGAGAUAUUACCAAAUGCAGCUGUUAAAGUGCACUUUGUGGAUUAUGGAAACAUUGAAGAGGUUACUACAGAUAAACUUAGAAAGAUGUCAUCCAGGUUCUUAAAACUUCCAUUUCAAGGAAUCCGAUGCUGGCUAGUAGAUAUAAAACCUAGAAACAAGCAUUGGAGUAAAGAAGCCACAGCAAGAUUUCAGACGUGUGUUGCAGGAAUAAAACUUCAGGCUAAAGUAGUGGAUCUCACAGACAACGGUGCUGGAGUUGAACUCACCAACUUUUCUACUGCUUAUCCAAAAGUUAUAAGUGAGAUACUUAUUGACGAACAUUUGGCUUUAAAAGAUGAACCACCAUGUAAAGAUGCACAAAAUGAUAAAUCUGUUAGUAAAAUUGACUUGCCGUUUGAUCUUGAUGUGCUUCAAGCUACCUCUUCUCCUGAGCAGUGGAAGACAAUAGAAUUUCCAGUUGAUGAAAUUAUACCAGCUUGCAUACUAGAGAUAAUAAGCCCAAGCUUGUUUUAUGCAUUACCAAUUGAGAGUAGAGCAGACCAAGAAAAAUUAAAUUUGAUGACAGUUAAAUUAACAGAACAUUGCAACUCUCAGAAAAAUAGAGUACUCUUUAAACCAAGAAUUGGAGAUGUGUGCUGUGCCAGAUUUACAAGUGACAAUUAUUGGUACCGUGCUAUCAUCCUGACGGUCUCAGAAUCUGAGGUAAAAGUACUCUAUGCUGACUAUGGAAACAUUGAAACUUUGCCUUUUUCUCGGGUUCAGCCAAUCACUACCAGCUACCUGGAACUUCCUUUUCAAAUAAUUAGGUGUUCAUUUGAAGGAAUAAUGGAAUUGGAUGGGGAAUGGUCUCCAUUAGUAAUAGAGCAUUUAAAAAAACUCAUGUUGAAUCAGAAUGUCAUGGUUUCAGUAAAAGGAAUCAUUAAGAAUGUCCAUGCAGUGUCUGUUGAAAAACGUUCCGAAAAUGGUACUAUUAACAUAGCUGAUAAGCUAGUGAUGGAAGGUCUGGCAAAGUACAUCACAACUAAAAGUCAAAGUGUUUUGAAUAAAGGACAGACUAAUUGUGGCUGCAUAGAGUUAAAAAAACAAGUGGAAAAACAUGAACAGAUACUACUCUUCCUUUUAAAUAACCCAACAAAUCAAGAUAAAUUUACUGAAAUGAAAAAGUUGCUAAAAAUAAAAUAAUUGACCAAAACAAGAGAGUGCUGUGGUGAUUAGGACACAAGUGGUACUGCAACCUGGCUGUCAUCUCUCACAACUGGUGGAACUAUUACUGUAAAUAUACAUAGCAAUAUAAAAUGUAUUCUCUUUUGUUUAAUCAUGUGGAAAGGUGGAAACUUCUAUUGUAUAUCAGAUAUACAGCCAUAGUGAUGGUAUAAUGGAAUUAUUUUCUAACUACAUGGAAGAUCUGUCAAAUUAUAUAAGCUGCUUCACUUAAACAAAACUGAUUUUUGUUCAGGUAUGCUUAUUUAUGCUAAAAAUAUGGAGGAAAAAUGAACAAUUUGAGAACCAUAAUAAGUGAGCCUAUUGUAUAAUGUAUACACAAAGGCUACUGAUUUUCUGUUUUAUCAGAAAUGUAGUCAUUACAAGAAACAAACACUUUAAAAUGGGAAAUAAAAAUGGCUAGCAAUAGUAUAUAGUGGAAUUAAGCAGUAGAGUCUAGACUUGUUUAGGAGAGAAAAUAAAGAAUCCUUGUAUUCUGGAUUCUGCUUUCUUUCACCUCUAGUUUUUUGUACUGUUUUCCUUUCAUACAACUCACUUCAGCCACCCUCCUUUUUUUUCCCCCAUAUGUGGUAAAAAUGCUUCCUUGUGCUUUUUCCUCCCAGAACAUAGAACCAUAUAAUGUAUACUCCCCUCUCACCUCACCAGCACCACUAUGUCUUUCUAUUCCUGUCUCUUUCUGUCCAAUUCCAACUCUAAACUGCUAUUUUUUUCCAGUGGCAUUGUCAUAAAGCAUCUUUCCCAUGGUUUUGCUUUUUCAAACCUAUAGCCAUUUCAUCAGUGAUAAAUAGAAUUUGAUUCUAAGUAGCAUUUACUGAGCUUUGAAACAGAAAAGCAGUUGUCCUGAUAAGAGUAUUAAUUUCUUCAAAACAGCCUAGUUGAGAGGAUUGAGAAAGUUUCCGUGAAAACAAACACAUAUUAAGGGUGUCCUAAAUUCAUGUUUUGCCACUGCGGCUCAGUUUCUAGAUAGUACUUUGUAUUUUCUCCUUAUACCCCAUUACAAUUUUGGAAAAGUUCAAGUCAUGAAUUGAUAGUAAAAUAUAUUCAAAUUUGGACUUAGAGACUUUCUCCCCCUUUAUUACCAUUAUUCUUUGACUCUUAUUAUGCAUUGAAUAUUAUUCUUUUUCUCAGGAAAAGAUUAUUUUUUUCUUCUACCAAAUGUUAAAAUUCUGCCGAUUUGUCUGGUUGUUCUUAUUUCUCCUCUCCAAAAAGACUCAUCCUGUCCUGCUUACAGAACUACCAUGUAUCAAUAUUUUUUCAUUUCCUUUUUUUAUUUGAAAAUAGCCUGAAAACAGUGUUUUUACUGUAUUGUGUUUAUUAUUCAUACAAAUUCCAGCAAAAAAUACUUCCUGAAGCAUCAGUGAGAUAUGAAAGCAGUUGAAAACAUGGAAUCUCAAAGUUGGGUUUUUGUAUAAGAGGGAGAAAAAACAUAAAAUAUGUAAAAGCUUUAGUAAAUUAGAAAUCUUUCUACUUAAAACACAAUGGUAGCUUAAAAGAUUUUAUUAUGUACUUAGGUUCCUUACCCAAAAGGUUUUUGACUCUCCCUUUGUACUUAACAGUAUAUAAAAAGCUGAUUUAUUUACAUAAAAGGUUAUAUAGUUCUAUACUCAUCUACUUUUUUUUCCCCCAAGCAGUUCAAAUCACAGGGAGAAAAUGUAAAAAAAAAAUCUUUCAAAAGAAAGUUAACUUUGAAGUAGGUUGGCCACACAUAUAUUAAUAGCAAAAAAAAAAAAGGUGUUUCAAAUACAGGUCAGAUCCCAUUAUGUCACACUUCAAAGGAGUGUAUACCUUAUUGUGUUGUGGUACUGGAAUUUAGUUGUAUGGAAUAUUGCUUGAAAUAAGUGAAGUGUGGUAAUCUUGUUAUCUAGCUAUAUUGUUACAAUGGUUAUUUAUUGAAAUGACAGUUGACCUUUGCCAGUAGAGUUUUGGUUUGAAUUUUCUGUAAAAGGUCACUUUUGAUCUUAGUAUUCAUUUCUCUGUGAAGAAUUUUGAGGAGGGUGACAAGUGAUAGACAAGUCCCUCCUACUUACUUUUAUGCUUAUUCUACGUGCUUCUGUUUCAAGGGCUAUUGAAUCCACAGUGUUGUUGGAGUAAAUUCCUGUGUAAGUAACUAGUGCCUAUUAAUCAUAAUUUUGUUUUGGCUUGUAAUUAUUUUUUACUCCUUGAUUUUGAUGAUAGUUUUUGUUAACUUUAAAAAAACUUAGUGUCAUUAAAUGU